AUGGACCUCCCUCCUGAGAGCAUCCCGGACGACUGGACCACUGAUCCUGCCGAAAUUAACUUUGAUCUGAUCUGGAAAGGCCCUGAAAGUGAUGGCCAGAAGAUGGCGAGAAGAUUUGGUCUACCAAACCCUCAGGUUAUUAUGACCUCCAAGCGCGAAACCGGGGUUCCCGAGGCCAUGUUUAAAUCGGACAAUCAAUAUUAUAUUUGGGACCAGAUGGAUAACACAGUCUGGCAAAUCACGAAGCCAGUGGGAUUAAUGUUCAUUCUCCACGCCAUGGUCACAAAGGGGCAAAAGGCUUUGAAAGGGAAGGAACUUAAGGCGGUUAGAGCUUGGGAAUAUGCAGACUCAGAGUGUAACGAGUAA